AUGGUCGUGACAGACUUCCUGGCGCGCCGGCAGGAGACUUUCCCGGACGGCAAAGAUGCCGUGCCGGGAAUGUUCUCAGCGAGAUUUGACGGUGGCAACAUCGAGUUCAAGUUUCGGCGUGUUUACAAGAUCCUCAAGGAUCACAAUUUUCCGGUCCUGAUGGUCGAUGCCGGUGUCGGUGACGACUUCGGCAAAGCAACAAUGAAGUUUUUGAACAAGAUUGAAAGCGAAAAGGGUGUCCUGAUUUGUGUUUGCACAGAUCACUAUGCUGAGAAGACCAGCUCACCCUUCUGCUCUUUUGAAGAGUUAAAGUUCGCCUACGAGUACCGUGUGGAUGUUCUUCCGCUGAAAGUGGGAGACAUCUACCCUCCAAAGCCGCCGGGCGGUGCAGAUAAUAAGCACGACGAGGAGAACGAAGCAGCGGACGUGAUCAAGAUGGUCUUCAGACCCAACGUCGCCUUCAAGGACUGCCGCGAUCUAGACGAGACGCAGAUUGCACGGCUGAUCGCAGACAAGUUGCUAAAGAAGAAGCGAGGCGCUGGACAUGGAUGA